AUGACUUUGGCAACCCUGGUCUCCUUCUCGCAAGCCGUUGGUCCCCUGGCGCUGCCGCCCAUGUUUCCAAAGCUCAUGGAAGAAUUCAACUGCGAUCUGGCCGGCGCCGUCCAAUUUACUGGUGGUGCCCAUCGCAACCACAUUCGGCCGCCGUCCCGUGCUGAUCUUCUCGACACAACCCAACCUCAAAUCAUCACCGAUGUGAUGUUCUUACACGAGCGUGGCGCGUACAACACGUUAUAUUUCACCACCUACUUUGGCGCGUUAAUGGUUGGCCCCAUCAUUGCCGGUCCCAUGACCGAUUACCUCCAUUGGCGACACUUUUGGUGGCUCAACGUUGCUCUCCUGGCGGCUGUAAACAUUGCAUUGAUCUUUUUAUUCCCCGAGACCAAGUGGCAUCGCGCCCACCCUGACGAAUUGGCAAACUCCGAUCAAGCGUCCAGUAAAGGCGGAGUGAUCGAGAAGGAAUCCGAAACGCCUUCCGCUACCACUGUUGAAGGAGUCUCCGAAGCACAAAUGGAAAAGGGCAAUGUCAGCCGCACCGAAACGCAAGCGGACCCGUACCUGGGCAAAGGCUCCCCGUCCAAGAAACAGUUCAAGCUAUGGCAAAUCAACGAGAGCCCACUCAAGACCAUGCUCAUUGAUUUCUGGACCCCGUGGAAACUCCAUGCCUUCCCAAUUGUCGAACUGGGCGGCAUUCAUUGUGUCUUGGUCGGCUUCGGUUUUCCUCGUUGUCAAUUUAACCCAGAGCCAGAACUUCGCCGCACCGCCGUACAACUUUUCUCCACAGGCUGUCGGCUUCACCAACUUUGCGAUUUUGAUCGGUGCCUUCAUAGGUCUCUUUACCAAUGGCCCCUUGUCGGACUGGAUCUCCAUGCGUGCUACGAGGAAGAACAACGGCAUCCGCGAGCCAGAGAUGAGACUGCCGGCUCUGAUUCCGUAUGUUAUUGUCGUAAUUGUCUGCAAUUUGGUGGUUGCUUUGGGAUAUCAAUAUAA